ACUGGUGGUUUAGAAGGGCCAUGACCUUGAGAUAUCAUCAUCAUUGAACUGACCAGCCCCAGCGCAGUCCGUUCUGGAGGCUCCCGGCUUCUCUCUCCUUUGUCUUUCGGUCUGUCAUCCUCUCGAUUUUGCCGCCGCUUGUACGCUUGCUUAGCGUUUGCAGCGCGCCGAUUCUGCAUCUGGGCCUCGGUCAUUCGAACGGCUAAGUGCCCUCUCUCCUCCCUCUCUCUCUCGCUCGCUCUCUCUCUCUCUCUCUCUCUCUCUCUCUCUCUCUCUCUCUCUCUCUCUCUCUCAGUUCGUUCUUUCUCCUCUGUUUGUUCCUGCUUUCCUCUUCGUCUUCGUUGGAACUCGGAGCUCCAGCGAUGGCCGCCUCUUUGUCCGUCUCGUCGUUAGCGGCAGCUAUGGCAGCCGCGACUGCGCUGGUCGCGCCAUCUCCUUCGGGUAGCAACAGCUUCAGAAGUGCGGCUGUUGAUGGACACGUGGCGUCUUGCUCGCCACGUGUCAUGUCGUCGUCUUUCCACGUCAUUGGGAGCGAUCUGAGGCGGCCUCGAAUCAUCAGCCCGGCGCAGAGACGCUCGCCUUUCACCGUCUUCUCUGCUUCUUCGGAUUUGCAAAACCUGGAAGAGAAAGUGGAGGAGAGCAUCAAGCAGGCACAGGAGACCUGUGAGAGCGGCACAGACGGUGAAUGCAAGGCGGCUUGGGAUGAGGUAGAGGAGCUGUCCGCGGAACUGUCACACAAGACGAUCCGAGUGAAGCAGGCCAAGGGAGAUCCUCUUGAGGCCUAUUGUGUAGAUAACCCUGAGGUCGACGAGUGCAAAGUCUACGACGAUUAAAAAGUGAAUCUGCUCCCAACUACGUAGUACCAAGUUUGUACCUUUACGAAAAAUUCGCGUCAACGCCGCACUCUAGGCCUUUGAUCAGCGGUUGAGAAUGGAUAUGAAUCACAUCUGCGAGCGGAAGGUCUUUGAACAAGUUGAACUGUUGAGUUUAACUGUUAGUACUCUCUUGCACACAAAGACCAGUUUAGAUGAUGGUAAUUGCAUCCUCUUACCCUCCCCUACUUACCAACAAUGUGGAAUGAUACGUACGCAUCUGUCCUAAACUUCUUAUACAAAGCAUCUGGCUCGAAACUCGUUUUGAUGUGUGUGUGUGUGUGUGUGUGUGUGUGUGUGUGUGUGUGUGUGUGUGUGUGUGUGUGUGUGUGUAUUUAUGAGAGAGAGAGAGAGAGAGAGAGAGAGAGAGAGAGAGAGAGAGAGAGAGAGAGAGAGACGAGGAAGCCGUUGCUGUGUUCAUCAUGUAACAUUAGGUCACAUGUUGCUCGCUCUCCGAAGAAACAUUUUUGUGGGGACACCUUUGGAAGUUUUUUUUUAACUUUUUCCUCUUUGGAUAUGGCUUUUUCGGCAAAAGCCGAAUGUGAAACGUGCCCCCCCCCCCACUCCUCCUCCUCCUCCUUCUUUUGAAUGAAAUCGCCAUUUCUUU